CACCAGCCCGAGGCGAGAGGUGGGGUCUUUCCCGCCGCCAUGCUGCGGGCUCUCCUCCGUGUCUUAAGCUGGCAUCGCGUGGUCCCGUGUGCUGCGCUGUGACUGCCGCUGCCGGGAGCUGGGAUGCUCAGCAGCCGCGCCAUGGUGUGCCAGGAAAUUUCAGGAAGGAUUAACUGAAGCAAGAAGACCCUGGCCUAGGCUGGGUGGCACUUUGAGUCGUGGCCUCUAUUGAGAAGUCCCAAGAAGCAGAAGAAGCAGUGUUGUUUUCCUGCCUGCCUUCACUUCUUGCUGGUGAGUGCAUCUGUCCCGUUGCUGCCGCUGCUGUCAUCCGUCACUGACAUUGGAACUCAGCUUUUUGUGCCUUGCAGUGUGGAUGGAAGACCACUGAAGAAGCUGUCCAGGUGUCUUCCAGGCCUUUGGCACCAAAUUGAAGCUCCUGUGGUUGUGAGCAGAGCCUUUCUGUCAUGGAGACGGCCAUUGUUGGGCUAUCCAGGCCAGAUCAGGGUUUGGUGAGCUUUGAGGAUCUGGCUGUGCACUUCACCCAGGAGGAGUGGGAUUUGCUGGAUCCUUCUCAGAGGAGUCUGUACGGAGAUGUGAUGCUGGAGACCUGCAGGAACCUCACUGCCAUAGGAUAUGAGUGCGAAGAUCAGAAAAUUGAAGACCAUUAUGACGAUCCCGAAGAAAAUCUCAGGCACAUUAUAUCUGACCCUGAGGACACACAGCCCGAACUUGAGGAACCCGAAGAGAAGCCACGUGACUCUAAUUUUCUCACAAAUAUGGAAGGCUACAUGGGAGCUCACACUGUGAAUGGGCCUUCUGAGUGUGAGGUGUGUUUAAAAUCCUAUGGACUCUAUCACCUAACCUACAGCGGACAUCACAGCUAUGAGUACAAGGAGUGUGAAGAAAUUAAAACUGUAAGAAAAUGUUAUGAGUGUAACCAGUGUGGCAAAGCUUUGAGUUCUUUCAAUUCUCUUCAAAGACAUCAGAAAAUUCAUAUUGAAGAAAGACCGUACAAGUGUCAGUACUGUAGUAAGGCCUUUAGAUGUCUUAAUGCUCUUCAAUCACAUGAAAGAAUUCAUACUGGAGAAAAACCUUACGAAUGUAAAAACUGUGGUACAUCUUUUAGCAGACUUACUCACCUGCGAUUACAUGAAAAAGUCCAUACUGGAGAAAAGCACUAUGAAUGUAAACAGUGUGAUAUAGUCUUCAAAUCUCAGAGUUCCUAUCACAGACAUAAGAUAAUGCACGGAGAAUCAUUCUAUAAUUGUAAACAGUGUGGCAAGUCCUUUAUUUAUCCCUCUCUGCUUCAAAUGCACGAAAGAACUCACACUGGUGAGAAACCUUACGAAUGUAAACUAUGUGGUAAGACUUUUAGAUAUAAUUCUUCCAUACGAUUACAUGAAAGAACCCACACAGGAGAAAAACCCUAUGAAUGUAAACACUGUGGAAAAGCUUUUACACGCCAGAGUUAUCUCCAGUUCCAUGAGAGGAGCCACACUGGAGAGAAACCCUAUGAGUGUAAAGAGUGUGGCAAAGCCUUUAGACACCACUCUUACCUCCGGUUACAUGAGAGAAGGCACACCGGGGAGAAGCCGUAUCAGUGCGUGCAGUGUGGCAGGUCCUUCAGCCGACAGAGUUCCUUUAAGAGACAUCAGUCCGUCCACGCUGUGCCAAACCCCUAUAAAUGUCAACAGUAUCUAAUUCCAUUAUCCCUGUUUCCUUCAAAUGCAUGAAAGAACUUACACCAGCACCAGACCUUAUGCGUAUGAACAGUGUGAUAAGAUGCUUAUCCCUAGUCACAGAAAACACAUGUAAGGACUCAAAAUAGUGAUGAACCCAAUGUAGAGCUUUCGGGAGUCACAGGGACUCUAGAACCCUGCCGCCUGGAAGCAGUUACCAAAGAUGACGGCUCCUGCCCUUCAGCUCAUGUCAGAAUGUGUGGAGAUCAUGUGUCUCAGGGGGAAGUAAUGCA